ACGCCUGCAGAAUUUGAUACUUGAUUUCUAUCGGAUGCUUAAAUAUCGGAGUGUAGCUGAAAUCCCUCUAGGCUAAGUACUGGUAUUGGAGCCCUCUAACUGUUUUUCGAGUUCUACACAAUUUCAGAAGACUUAAAUUAGUUUUGUUGCCUCUCAACAGAAAAAUGGUAAAUCUGUUCCUCUCACCCGACCAUACUACGGGAGCGGAGAAUGAAGAAGGUGAAAGCCAAAGAAGAAUAAGCUUGUUGAAGAGACUCGAACUCACAAUCUGGGAAAUAAUUACUGCUUACGGUCCGUCAGAAGUUCGUCUAUGGCUGUGCAAUUCGAUAGGCACCAUCAAUUCGAUACCCCGCCACGAAAGAUCUUCUUUGUUUUUGAAUAUGUUGCGUUCCUCGCGUUCUGGUAAGAAAAAUGAAUGUAAAGUGGCAACCCAGCUUUUGAGAAUGCUCUGCGAAAAUGCGCCACAAAAAGUUGGAAAAAUAGUUGCCAGCAGAAGCCGCUUGUUUCAGUCAUUUUUUAAAGGAAAUUCAAGGAGGAUAUUGCAAUGGUUUGAUCAGUUUGGUGGCAUUGGAGAAUUUGAACACAAACGUGGUGCCCGUUCGAUUUCACAGUUUGCAUUUGUGAACCGAGAUUUAUGCUGGGAUGAGCUUGUAUGGAAAGGAAGGCAUGGCCAGUCCCCUGCGAUGGUUGCCACAAAACCACAUUAUUUUCAGGACCUGGAUGUUCUCAGCACUGUAGAAAAUCUCCUUGAAAAUGUUCCAGAAUUUUGGUCAUCAGAAGAGUUUACAGCAUCUGUAGAAGAUGGUGAGAUAAUCUCUCUCGACAGGGAGUUCUUUGUACAGGAGCUCCUUUACAUGAUGUAUAAUGAAGACUUGUUGGAGGCAUGGCAGGCCGUGGAGGAGUUUCUUUUAGAAGAGAAUUUUUUUAAUCUAUGUCAGCGGCUUCUCAUUCUUCUUGGUGACCGAGAACUUUUGGCAUUUCUGAAUGCACUUGGGAAAAUUCUAGGAAAACAGGAUAAUGGAUUUGAUUCAAAGGAUAAAGCAAGGGUGAAGCAGUUGCAGAAUAAUUGGUUUGAGACUAUCCUAUCUAUAGAUGCCAAAUUCCAAUUCCUUGAUGAAAUACUGAUAUCUAAUGCAUGUGUGAAUAAUGGUCGCCAGAUAGUGCGGCUUUUGUGUGAUGAGGAGCAUGAUGAAAGAAAAAGACACAUAGAAGAGAUUGUGUUGGAGAUGAAACAAAGUUCAAAAGGUAGUGAUCAUUGGGCUUUAAGAAAUGAAUGCUUAAGGAUGAACAAAAUGUUGGCAAUUAAAUUGCUGGCCAUUGAAUCUUGGUUUCUGCAGUACCAACUCUCUGAUAAAUGUAAGAGAGCAGCAUCUUGUGAGUCGUUGUUUGGCUUAAAUGGGAUUGAAUUUCAUCGUCCUAGAAUAUCUUUGGAGGUAUGUAAUGAGCGCUUAAGCAAAGAAAAAGACUAUGGAUCUUUUGGGGGUUCAAAGAAGAAAAAGAGGAAAGAUAAGUCUAGAAAGAGGAAAAGAAGCAAUAAUUCAAGUUGUGAUGAGGGUAUAGAUAAGGAAUACAGUAAGUGGUCCAAUCCUGAUGAUACUUGGCAGCUCUCUACUGACAAUUAUGUUUCUAAUUGGAACAAGGUUGAUCUGCCAGAGCAUCUUGCCAAAUAUGCUUUUUUGAGCUGGUUAAAGUGGGUUAUAACUGGCUGGAAGUUGUGAGUGGAGUUAGUUGGCCAGAGCGUUUUGCAUUUUAACCUGUUCUCUUUUGAGGCCAGUUGUCAGUGUCACUGCUGAAUUAGGCCUUUGUGAGCAGGAUUCAUGAACCAAACUGAUAAGCUAAAUACUAGCCGUGGUUAUGCUAUACUAGUAUUUUAUUCCAUGUUGUUUUCCAAAUAUUCAGAUUGCAACUUCAGUUUCUGAUAACGUUGCUAAGUGUCUAAUGCUUGAAGUCAGACAAUCAUUUGGGGUUUCUUUUCUUGUCAAGGUCAUUUUUGUUUAUGGGGGAAUAGAAAGCAAUUGUUGUGUCAAUAAGCAAUACAUGACAAAGGGACCGGCACCUACGCUUCAACAGUGUUGCUGGGGAAAUCUCAAGAAAACCCUCAAUGUUAGUAUGUAAAUUUUAUUUUGAGAAAACAAAAUGGAUGAAUUAUAGUAUUUUAUUAAUUUUAAACAAUUUAAAACUUUGGUGAAAUGUCAAAUAAAGAAUUAAAGUUGUAAAAUUGUGAUGAACUGCCAGCAGAUUCUUUGUUUAUUUAAAGAGUUGAUGGCAAUUUGUAGUAUUGAGUAGCGUUCCAUUCUAAUUGCUGUCAACCAUACAAUAGCAUUCAAGCAAAAAGAGGAGACCAGGGGCAAGUUAUUCCUGACUUUAGUUGUAAUAUCUCUGAGCUGGCAGUUAAGUCCGUUGAAUUCUGCUGUGUGGUGCAACCUUUGGGGGAUAAGCUUUCACCCUUCCUCAGCUCGACGAAAGCUUAUGAUGAAUUGUCUUAUAAUUUUAAAAAAAUCAAUGAUAACAAGUAAGCCAGAUGCUAAUACAAGGCUGCAAGAACUCGUUGCCUUGAUAUACACAUAAUAAAAGAUCAUGUACCACUUAAUUACAUUCUUUCUAAGAUUCCUACUGAUUCACUUCAAACUCGUGAGAAAUUUAUUACUAUGUCUUAAUUGAUUAAGCAUGAAAAUGAUUUGACGCACCUAUGUAAUUUUUGUUGCCUUGAUAUACUCGUAACAAAGGAUUAUGUACAACCCAAGAUAUCUAAUGAUAACUGGAAAUUACUUCAAA